AUGCCUAUUCCACCGAAAAUUCCAUUCAUCGAUGAGAUGUCAGUUUUUAUGCACAAAUACAUCAAGCAGAUCAUCAAUGUUUUGGGGGACGGUAAUUGUGGUUACCAGGCCGUCUCAGCUUUGCUUGGUAAUGGAGAGGAUAGCCAUACUCUUAUCCGUCAUCAACUUAUCCAAGAGUUCAAGACGCAUAAAGACUCGUACACACAGUUAUAUGGAGAGGAAGUUAAUUUUGAAGCGGUUUACGAUGCUAUAGUUCCUUGGUUGGGCGCUUACGCACCAGUGUCAAAAUGGAUGAGAUUCCCGGAAAUGAGACAUCUUAUUGCAUGUGCAUAUAAUAAGAUGGUUCGCAAAAUCGAGACAUUUUGUAGAAGUUUACUUGAAACUGGAUGCCCCAUACCACCUACGCCACUGGAAUGGACGCUUCAUCAUACCGCAGAUGCCGAGAUGUGGUCAAAUCUUUUUGUUGAUAUAAUGUACGAAUUCGAAAGAUUAAACAACAUCGAAAAGGAAUCGAAUGCGGAAAAGUCAAAAUUGGAACCACCAAUAGAUUUAGCUGGCGACAGUACUUUUGAUUUGUUUUGA